AUAAGAAGAAAAAAAAAUAAACAUCAAUAUGAUAUAAAAUAAUUUUUAUUUAUAAAAAAACGAUCUAAAAUAAAUAUUAAAAUAUAUAAAUAAACUAGAAAAACAAAUUUUAAACUAAUGUUUGUAUUUUGCAUAAAUUUUCACACUAAAACGAAAAACAGUUUAAGUUUACAAAAUUUUGCCAACAACAUCAUUUGGCUGUCAAAAGUGAAAGAAAGUAUUUUCGUAAAAAAUAGCAAAUAUUAAUAUAAAAUAGUAAUUUAAAGAAUUAUUCAAUAUAUAAUAUUUUUAUUAAAAAAUUAGUCUACUACUUUAAUUAUUAAACUAUUUCAAAAUAUUUACCAAACGGGCAAAAAACAUUAUGUGGUCGUUUUUUUCUCGCGACUCCAGUAAUCAAUUUCCAUAUGAAAUAGGUGAAGUCAUUCAAGGAUUUGAAAUACGUUCUAUUUGGAGUUUACACAAAGGUAAGCGUAAAACUACCAAUGAAGAAGUAACAAUAUUUGUAUAUGAUAUUAAAAGUGGAUCAGAAUCUAAGUUAGAUUUAGCAAAAUCUGCAUUAAAACGCUUAAAAACCUUACGUCAUCCUAGUAUAUUGCAAUAUUUGGAUAGUCUGGAAACAGAUAAAGUGAUAUACGUGGCAACCGAGGCUGUCGAACCUUUAGGUACAUAUAUUACAAAAUUAGCAUCAGAAGGACCACAAAAAGAUUUAUAUUUGACAUGGGGAAUUUUCCAAACGACUAGAGCCCUAUCUUUUUUAAAUAAUGACGGCAAUUUAAGGCACAACAAUGUGUCUGUUUGGUCAGUUUUUGUAAAUUCAUCCGGAGAGUGGAAGUUAGGGGGUCUAGAAUAUGUAUCUUCGGCAGAUGGGAACCCGAUGCCACCAAUGAAAAUACCCCCUUCGCUAGAAAUUUAUGAUCCUCCGGAAAAAAACGAUCCUUCUAAAUUAAAAUCUUCAACUAAGUGUUCAACGGAUAUGUGGGGCUUAGGAUGUUUGGUUUGGGAAGCUUUUAAUGGACCAUUAAAAAUGCGUAGUAAUCUUAAGGAAUUAGAUCAAAUACCGAAAUCGCUAACUCCGUUAUAUUGCGAACUAGUGGGUGCCGUACCAACAAAUCGACCGAAUCCUGCGGAUAUAAUAACAAGAUGCCGCAAACCUGGGGGAUUUUUUAAAAAUGAUUUAGUAGACUCAUUAUUGUUUUUAGAAGAAAUUCAAAUCAAAGAUAAAGCUGAGAAAAAUAGAUUUUUUAGUGGACUUUGCAGUCAUUUAGACAACUUUCCAGAAAAUGUGUGCAAACAUAAAAUACUUCCACAACUUAUAAAUGCUUAUGAAUAUGGUGAUGCAGGAUCAGCAGUUUUAGCUCCAAUGUUUAAGCUUGGAAGAUUGUUAGAUGAAAUAGAAUAUCAAAAGAAAAUAGUUCCAUGUGUUGUUAAGUUAUUUAGUUCAACUGAUCGUGUUACCCGUUCUAGACUUUUACAACAAUUAGAGCUUUUUAUUGCGCACUUACAACCUCAAACGGUUAACGAACAAAUAUUUCCACAAGUAGCACACGGGUUUUUAGACACAAAUGCGACUAUUCGAGAGCAAACUGUUAAAUCAAUAAUUCACUUAGCACCAAAACUAAAUUACAACAAUUUAAAUGUAGAAGUUUUGCGACAUUUUGCUAGGUUGCAAGCUCGCGAUGAUCAAGGUGGAAUUAGAACGAAUACCACAGUUUGUUUAGGUAAAAUAGCCCCACACUUACAUCCACAAGUUCGACAAAGAGUUUUGGUAUCUGCAUUUAUACGUGCAAUGCGCGAUCCAUUUCCUCCGGCUAGAGUAGCUGGAAUAUUGGCUUUAGCUGCCACUCAGCAAUAUUUUUUAUUAAGCGAAGUAGCAAAUCGUGUUUUGCCAGCAUUAUGCUCGCUAACAGUUGACUCAGAAAAGUCAGUGCGAGAUCCUGCUUUUAAAACUAUUAGAGGUUUUUUAGGUAAAUUAGAAAAAGUUUCUGAAGAUCCCAGUCUGAGAGAAACAAUGGAGGCUGAUGUUCAUACUGCAACACCCUCUAUAGGUAAUGCAGCUGCAACUUGGGCUGGUUGGGCUGUUACCGCAGUUACAGCCAAAUUCUACCGAAGUCAAAGUGAUUCUUCUAGACCAAGACCUCCAUUAACUGGAAAAAACCUCUCAAAGCCAGCUUCUUUAGAGCAACCUUCUAGCAGUAGCUUAUCAACAACAACUUCUAGCGUUACCUCAAUGACAUCUUUAGAACAUGAAAGUAAUGAUACUUCAGCCUCAGCCAGUGAUUACGGAGCUGACAAUUGGGAUAACGAAAAUUGGGGUGAAAUGGAUGUAAGAGUUCUAUUUUUCGCAAAUACAUCACAAGAUCCGAGUAGUCCGCUGGCUGGAACUUCAAACAAUGGACAAAUGAUGACAACCAGUGCUUUAAAUGAUAUUAGGGACGGAUGGGAUAACGAAGAAUGGGGAAGUCUGGAGGAAGAGCCCAAUGAAGAACAGGAACAAGAACAAGAUGAUCGACCAAUUAAUCAAGAUGAACAGAACAUUCAUUAUAAUCAACAAAAUGAAACAAUAAAUCGGCCUAACGAUUUACCAAGCUUAACUAAUUGUAAUAAUAUAAGUCCAGUCAGUGAUACCCAUAUUAACAAUACGAAUGCUAAUUGGAAUAGUGAUUCAUGGGCUGAUGGAGAGUUUGAGCCAAUAGAUGAGCCUUUAACUGGUAAUCCUAAACUAGAUGAAGCACGACGUAAACGUGAAGAAAAAAAACUGCAAAGACAACGUGAGUUAGAAGCUCGUCGUGCACAAAGAGCAACAGGUCCAAUGAAAUUGGGCGCAAAAAAGCUUUAAAAUUUAAAUUAAGAAAAAAUAUUCAUAUUCUUAUCAUUUAGAUAUUAAACAACUAAAAUAUUAUUAAAAAUGAAAACAUUUUAAAAAAUCUAUGAAAUUAUGUAAUUAAAACCUAGGCAAAUUAGAAUCUAUUCAAUCAUUAUUAAAAUUUAAUAAAAUUGAU